GGGGUAGUGGUAGUGAGAAGCAGGUGAGAAGUACGUAGCAGUUCCGUUCUCAGUUUUCUAUCCGAUCCACUGCAUUAUCCAAACGUUUGGGAUGGCGAACGUGAGCAAAAAUCCGUUUUUUGACGGCGACACUGAAGACGUGGACGACUUCACAUUUCUAAAUCAUCCAAGGCAGGGCUCUUCGGGUUACAUGCUAGGAAAUGGAGUCAACCCGGCUGCUGACCAGUGGGAGCAAAGACGUGAACAACUGCUUCAGGAACGACGACAACUGGAAGACAGCAUGUUACAGACUUCCAGUUCUGCUGUACGAGUACUGUACGAUACGGAACAAGUCGGAAUAUCAACUGCGGAGGAACUCGUUCGUCAAGGAGAGCAGCUCAAGAACGUCGACCAAAAGUUGGACAACAUCAAUUCAAGCAUGAAAACCAGCCAAAAACAUCUCAACUCCAUGAAGAGCAUUUUUGGUGGCAUUAAAAGCUACUUCAACAGAGGGAGCAGCAGCGACACUACUCGGGCACCCGCGCCUCCACGAGACAGUGAACCAGAGCCGAGGCCGACCACGGAGCUUGAAAAGGCGCUGGAGAGGGUGAAGUUGGAGAGCGGUCCCAAGAGUGCGGUGCAUCCUGCACUAAAGAUGCGCGGCAUCGACACUGAAGAUUUUGGGUCCAGCCUAGACGACGGUUCCACGACCGACUACUACGGAAAGCCGCAGCUGCAGACCGAUUACCGCAGCCGAACAGCUGAAGUCGAAGAAAGGCUAGACUCCAAUUUGGCGGAACUUGGCAGUGGACUAGGGAGGCUGAAGAACUUGGCUCGAGGUCUGGGCAAAGAAUUGGACGACCAAAGUGAGCUACUCUCAACAAUCAACGAAAAAGCGGAUCUCGCUGAAGGCACCAUUCAGCACCAGAACAGCCAGAUACGACGAAUCCUAAAGCGAUGAAGUGUUAGCUGGACACUUUCGGGAGGUGUGUUUUUCUAGUUAAGAGUUUCGGGCAGGAGAAAUUUAAUAUAUGUAUAUUCCUGGUAGGACACUGUAAUGGUGUAUUUUCUUCCUGUUUGCCACUGCAAAAAAUUGCCCUCCUCUACCUUUUGUAAUUAUGUUUCAUCUUGCAAGAAUAUACAAAUUAAAUGUUUAUAAAUAGUCAUUUUAUGUCGUCUUAGUGCAGGAUACAUUUCAGAAAGCACGUUAGUUUUGGGUGCUGCUUUUUGUAUCGUCGAGGUUGCUUGUACAUAUCCAACCUUCUGGCACGUUGAAAAUAAAUUGUGGCCAUCUUGGGCAAGAG